AUGGCAAAGGUUCACCACAGCCAAGCACUGUCUGAACCUCCCCUAAAGCCCUGGGUGUCUCUCCAGAAGGAUGAAGGAGCGUUUGGGUGUGCUAGAUGUUUGUUCACCAAAGGAUGGGUUGAGCUCCCCAAAGUGGAGAUACCGAGAUCCAAAGAGCUAACUUGGAGCACUAUUACCGUUUUUCUGGCUGUGUCCUAUGGUCCCAAAAGGACACCAUUACCAAAAGGUGGUCCGCAUGCUAACUGA